UAUGAUUCUCCAUCCUCUCAUACAAACAACGGCAUGGUUUUUUUGACAAGUAACAGCACAGUUUGAAGUUAGUUCACAAACUCAAAAUGUAUUAUCUCUUACUUAUAUAUAUUAUAUUUUAUCUAUGUUUCUCAAACCAGAGGGUUUUUUUCGAAUGAUUAUCUGAUGAACUGAUUAAAUAGCCAACAACCAAUUGGGCAAGAGUCAUACAAUAAUUGUGUUGAUUUUUGUUUUGUUUCAAAUAAUUAUUGGGCUUGUCGUCUGCUUCGUAAUCUAUACCAUAACACAUUACAUAAACAUCGAUGAUAUUUAAUGAGAUGCUUGUUGACAAAAGAAUCAGUGAUUGUUGUUUUUUUUCAGGCAAAUAUUCACAAUUUCUAUACGAUUAUCGAUAGUGUUUGUUAGUGUGUUUUGAUGAAAUAGUAUCAGUAAAAGAACAGCACAAAAAAAAUGUUUAUUUUUCGUAUUACAACCGAUGGUUAUGGUAUGGCUCAUCAGAUGAUCCGAGUGAGACGAGAUGAUAACAUCGAACAAUUAUUGGACAUUUAUAUAGACGGUCCACCACCAUUGUCUCGUAAUUGGCUGGUUAUAAUACCUAAUAGUUUAAUUCUUGAUCGACCAGAAAAUUGGCACAAUAUCCGCGAUAUGGUUCAACAACUUCCAUUAUAUCCAUUAGUUCAACAAGAAUUGAAUUCAAUUGCUCGAAGAAUUAUUGUCGUGGAAGAAAUACCGGCAGCAAUACAACAUUGGUAUCGAUUGCAUGGUAAUAGUCCACGUUAUGGAAAUUUUCGUAUUACUUCAUCUUAUGUCAGAAUUUCUUAA